CAUAUCAUAGAGUAAUUAAUAUUAUGGCACUAAUAACAAAACCUUUGAUUUUCAAUGUAACGAGGCGAAUCCCAGAGCUAAUCCUUCCAGCAAAGCCGACACCCCACGAAUUCAAACCCCUCUCCGAUAUAGACGAUCAAGAGGGCCUCCGUUUCCAUGUUCCGCUCAUACAAUUCUACCGGAAUAUUCCCUCCAUCGAAGCGGACCCCGUUGAGGUUAUCCGUAAAGCUAUUGCCAAGGCUUUGGUUCCUUACUACCCAUUUGCCGGCCGGCUGAGGGAGCAAGCCGCCAGGAAGCUGGUGGUGGAGUGCACCGGCGAGGGGGUUAUGUUCAUUGAGGCGGAUGCUGAUGUGGCGUUGGAGCAGUUUGGUGACGAAAUUCGGCCGCCGGUACCAUGCCUUGACGAGCUGCUUUACGACGUCCCCGGUUCCGGUGGAAUCAUCAAUUGUCCUUUAUUGCUUAUUCAGGUCACGCGCCUGAAAUACGGUGGGUUCAUCUUCUCCCUCCGCUUCAACCACACAAUGAGUGACGGUACCGGAAUCGCCGAAUUUAUGUCCGCCGUAGGAGAAUUCGCUCGUGGCGCUGAAGCCCCUUCAAUACAACCAAUUUGGGAAAGGCACAUCCUCAGCGCGCGUAAUCCGCCACGCGUGACAUGCACGCACCAUGAGUACGAUGACGUUGUUAAUAAUAUCCCAAUUAUACUCGACGGCGACAUGGUGCACCGCUCCUUCUUCUUCGGCGCCCCCGAAAUAUCCGCCCUUGACGGCCGCCUGCCGCCGCACCUACACCGGAACUGCACCAAGUUCGAACUCCUGACAGCCUGCCUAUGGCGCUGCCGCACGAUCGCUCUCUCUCCGGACCCUAACGAAGAGGUCAGGAUCCUAUGCGUCAUAAACUGCCGGAAGCGGUUCAAUCCUCCACUCCCUGCCGGGUACUACGGCAACGCUUUUGUUUUAGCCGCCGCCAUAGCCACCGCAGAAAGCCUAUCCAAAAAUCCAUUUCAUUACGCGGUGGAGCUCGUGAUGAAGGCGAAAACCAAGGCAACGGAAGAGCACGUUAAAUCGGUGGCGGAUCUUAUGGUAAUCAGAGGUCGGCCCCAUUUCAUGUUGGUUGGGAAUUACGCGGUGUCCGAUGUAAGGCAUUUGGGCUUCGGAGAUGUCGAUUUUGGGUGGGGCAAACCCGUUUAUGGAGGCCCGGCGAAAGGCGAAGUCGGUGUUGUACCCGAGUUAUCGAGCUAUUACAUACCCUUCAAAAAUAAAAAGGGUGAGAACGGGAUUAUUGUUCCCAUUUCCUUACAAAAGAACGCCAUGGAUGUGUUCGUGAAGGAGCUCGAGAUCAUGCUGAAAAAUGAUAACGAGAAUCGGGUGUGUUAGAAUUUAUUUCGUGCAAAUAUUAAUUAUUUGUGUCAGAUUCAGUUUUUGUUACUA